CCACCAGCGCAGCAACCUGUUUCUCAAUCGAUGCCAAGCAUGCAGACGGUGGCGGCGUUAAGUCAACUUGCGCAGCUAUUGCAGGGUCAGCAGCAACCGCCAUUAACUCCACCUCAACAAACCUCGUAUGCCUCUCCUGUGGGUGGAUCGGUUCCUGCUGUAGCGCCUCCAGCGUCCGUGCCAGCUCCAAAUCCGGCACCGACGAGCUCUUCACCCCAAUCUACUGAAUCCGGUCCUGAAUCGCCAAUAAUCUAUUAUUUUGAUUCCAAGCCGUCAAUGAAGCCGUAAGAUAGAUCAUGUAUAAUUUUUAGCCCAAUAGAAGCAUGGGAAUCGCUUGGCUUUUUUCUGCCCCAUCUUCUUCGCGUCAUAUAAUCUCCCUUCUUUUUUCUUUUUCCGUUUGAAUGUCUUUGUAUUCAUUCUUUGGUUGUUUGCUGAUUGCGUAUGGCCCAAUAUUGUCUAUUUUCUUUCUUUAUAUUGCACGCAAUGCACGGCAUGUAUUGCUGAUGGUUGCAAGCGCUUUUUUCUGUCUCAUUGCGCUACUGUUAUCCAGCGUCAUUUGGUACUUUGCUAAAGCGACGCAGUUCAAUCAUGCUGUAAGCAUUGUGUACAGCAUCACCAUCCAGGAGUUACUUCGGUGGUGCUUCUUUAGAUUACUAAUUCGCGCCGAAGCCGGUUUGAAUAUAGUCUCCGUGAACCCCAAGUCUCCUUUCAACCGAUCCAUGUUUGCCUUUGUAUCUGGGUUCGGGUACGCGUUGAUGACUUCUUUGGUAAGCUACAUAUCACUCCUUGUUGAAUCCAUUGGACCAGGAGUGAUUAUGUGCCCUUCGUGCCCCCAAGUUACUGUAUUCUUUGUCUCGGCUAUUACUACCACUUUAUUUUCCCUAUUACAUAUGGCGUGGAUGAUGAUAGCUUUUGAAGGUUUCGCCAAUAUUACCCGAUGGCGAGGAGUUCUUCAAGUCAUCUGGGUGGUGGCUUCUCAUUACGGAGCUUCUUACGCGACUAUGAUGAACGGUUCCAGUACCAUUUACCUCGGUUGCGUCUAUGCCAUCAUCGUUUGUAUGGUGCUACUUUCUGUCUCUGUGAUGAUUGUCGCCAAGACGCUCAAAUCCCGACUUGUUGUAAAACUCGAUUUAAUUCGUUGAUGACAUUGACUUUCCAGUCGACCAUCUUUAUCCCUCUCCUAAUAGAAAUCUCGAAGAAAAAAAAAGAAAUUCUGUGGAUAUGUCUUGUAGGUAGAAAAAAGAAGUGUUGUAUAUAUAUAUAUAUAUAUGUAUAUGUGUGUCUUGUGUGUAUAUAUUGUUUUGUGGGGAGACCGCCUGGACUCGGACAAUAAGCAACCGAUGAGAUGAGAAGUGAGAGGAUUAUAAAACUGUAUAGGUGCCCUACUUUUUUUUUUUUCUCUUAAAUCUUUUUUGGUUUUCUUUU